GCGAGUUGGCUAUAACGAUCAACCAUAAGCAUAAGCACAAACGUCAGCAUAAGGAUACCCCCGCCGACCACAAAACCAACUUCACCCUCACAUCAUCUUUACAGUACCUACCACGACCACACCACCACUACCAAAAAUGUCCACCGCCCAACUAUCCCAAGCCUUCCCAUGGCUCCAAUCCCCAAUCAUCAUCAACGCCCCGAUGAGCGGCUUCGCCACCAGCUCACUCGCGAUCGCCGUGACCCGCGCCGGAGGCCUAGGAUACAUCGGCUUCCUGUCCUCCGUCCCAGAACUCGACACCCAGUUACAGAUCGCGCGACAGAAUCUCCCUUCCCCACCCAACACCGACAUCCUGCCCAUCGGCCUGGGGAUUAUCGUGGCGGUCACCGCCCCCUCGGCCGUCACCGCGCUGGUCGCAGAGUAUAAGCCCGCGGUCGUGUGGCUGUCCUUUGGUGCGCCCGCCGAUUUCGCCGCGUGGACCGAGAUGAUCCGCACCGCGUCGCCGCACACCCACGUCUGGAUCCAGAUCGGCAGCGUGAAGGCGGCGGUGGACGCGGCGCGGGCGUGCCGCCCGGACGCGCUGGUCCUCCAGGGGUCCGACGCGGGCGGUCACGGCCACGCGCGCGGCGCAAGUCUGAUCGCGCUGCUGCCGGAGGUGGCGGAUGCGCUAAGCGACGAAGUCCAGGCGGUGGGCGGGAGCGGGAUCCCGCUGAUUGCCGCGGGCGGGAUCGUGGACGGACGUGGCGCCGCGGCAGCGAUGGUGCUGGGCGCCGCGGGGGUGGUCAUGGGCACGCGGUUCCUGGCCGCGGAGGAGGCGGUCGUCCCCGCGCAGUACCGCGAGGAGCUGUUUCGGGCGUCGGACGGUGGGGAGGCCACCGCGCGGUCGCGGGUGUUUGAUGAGAUGUGGGGCCCCACUUUCUGGCCGGAGAUGUACGAUGGUCGGAGUUUGGUGAAUCGGUGGUAUGAGAAGGAGCAGCAGGGGGUCGGGAUUGAGGAGAUCCGGGCGGAGCUGCAGCGGGAUCUCGGGCGGCUGCGGGAGACGGAGGGGGCCUUUGCCGAUACGAAGAGCCUUUGGGCUGGAUCGGGGGUGGGGCUGGUGAAGAAAGUGGAAAAGGCGGCGGAGAUCGUGGAGGAGGUGAGGGAGGAUGCAAAGAAGAGAUUACAGGCAGGUGGUGCUUUGUUCUAA